AUGAGCUGUUUGCCACUACCAAAACUGGUAACAAAGAAGCUGGAGGCCUUGUGUAGAUCGUUCCUUUGGACAGGAAAAGGAGAAAUCACAAGGAAAUCGCCAGUUGCUUGGGACAAUGUGUGUGGGCCUAAGAGUAAUGGAGGGCUAGAUGUUAUAAACCUAGGGGUCUGGAAUAAAGCCUGCCUAACAAAGCUCUUAUGGAAGCUAACUAGCAAGGAGGAAUCCUUGUGGGUGCAAUGGGUUCAUAGAUAUUAUAUAAAGAAUGAGGAUGUUAUGCAGGUGCAAGUUAAGGAAAAUGGAUCCUGGAUCCUUAGAAGCAUAUUCAAUCUGAGACCUCAGGUGACACAGAUGGAACAUUGGAAAAAAUUGAAUGAGCGAGGUGGUUUCAAAAUGAAAAAUCUGUACCUUGAAUUCUUGGAAAAGCACCCGAAGGUAGAAUGGAGAGUUUUGAUGAGGAAAAAUUGUGCACGACCAAGGGCAGUUUUCACUAUGUGGCUGGCGUGUAACAAGCGAUUAGCAACCAAAACCAGACUACAGAAGUUUGGUGUGCAAACUGAUCUCAAAGAAACAAAGACAAUUUGGGAGCAGAUGCUUAUUUGGCUCAACAUGAAGCAUAAGGUGCAGGGGUGGGAGCAAGAACUCAGUUGGGUGACCAAAGUGUGUAGAAGCAGAAAUUGGAGAAGCAACAUUGUUAAAGUGGCUAUUGCGGAGACAAUUUAUGAAAUCUGGAAAAAUCGAAAUGAUAGAGUUUUUCCGCAUCAGUACAAGGAGAACAACAUUGCUCAAAGGAUUAUUGAGCUCAUUGUGAAUAGAAUAUGGGUAUACCCAAAAUAUAGGAAUAGAGUAGCUCAAAUGUUAGUUUGA